AUGGAAGGCUGGUAUACACUGCUUAAACAAAACACGUUAAAGGAACUGUUGGAGGUUUGUGGAAGGAUUGCUAGCAACAAAACCAAGCGAGUCAUUAUUGCUGAGUUAAUGGAGCUAGACCAGGAGAACUUGGUUGCAGCAACACCAACUAUUCAGGAGAUGGAGACACCGGCGAUUCGGGCAAAUGAAUCGCCAGCCAACAGAGAGAUUCGGGAGAGAUUAGCAUGGUUCGGUCCGAACCCAACAGCUGACAUUGUGCUACAGGUACCGAACGCAGUAGCAGAAGAGGCGAAACAGAAACAGAAGAGAGAAAUAGAGCUGCAAAUGAAGCUGGCUGAAACCCAGCAGGCAAGCUCCCCAAGCAGAGAGCACAGCACAGCAGAGACAAGGAAGAUUAUUUUCAGUGCCUUUAAUGAGAAUGACUACGAGAUUGAUAGCUAUCUAGUGGGUUUCGAGCGACAGUGUAACCUGCACAGAGUGGCUACGGACGAAUGGGUUAAAGAGGCACUCCUGGCUCGGUACGCAGUGACUCCGGAGACAUACCGCCAAAAAUAUUUUUUACACAACCUACCUUAUUGGGUGUCUAUCAUUUGUAGAUCUUUUAUUGCUUAUAAGUAUGCUGCUGGUAUAAAGCCGAUGUAA